AGAGCGUUUCGGCUCGCGGGCGCGGGCCCCCCCGCGCGCCGAGCGGCGCGCGCGCGCGGGGGGGGCCUCUGCUUGGCCGCGGAGGCGAGCAGGAUGGCGCCGAUGAAGCCUCUGAUCGGGCAGGUCAAGGGCCUCUUCGAGCAGGCGCUCCGCAGCGCCUUCCCGUCGGUGUCGCACGAGGUGCUCGUCGUGAAGGGGAACCCCAAGUUCGGCGACUACCAGUGCAACAACGCGAUGGGGCUCUUCAAGGAGCACGGCAAGGCGCUUGGGUUCGCGAACCCUGGGGCCAUGGCCGAGGCCAUCAAGGCUGGCCUCCCGCAGAACGACAUCAUAGGCUCCGUGGUGGUGUCCCCGCAGGGUUUCGUCACCGUGAAGCUCAGCGAGGUGUGGUUGGCGAAGCAGCUCUCCUGCACGCUGGAGGGCGACAUCAAGAUUGCGGAUGUCUCCCGGAAGCGCGUGGUGGUGGACUUCUCCUCGCCCAACAUCGCCAAGGACAUGCACGUGGGGCACCUUAGGUCCACCAUCAUCGGGGAGUCCACCUGCCGGAUCCUCGAGUUCUGCGGGCACGAGGUGCACCGGCUCAACCACGUCGGCGAUUGGGGAACGCAGUUCGGUAUGUUGAUCGAGUACAUGAAAGAGGCUUUCCCCAACUUCCAGGAGUCGUUGCCAGAGGUGGCGGACCUCCAGGAGUUCUACAAGGCCGCCAAGAAGCGUUUCGACGACGACGAGGAGUUCAAGAGGAAAGCGCAGAUUGCGGUGGUGGACCUCCAGUCCGGGGGUGAGUUCGCUACCUCGGCUUGGCAGAAGAUCUGCGACGUGAGCCGCAGAGCCUACCAGAAGAUCUACGGCAGGCUGGGUGUUGUCCUGGAGGAGCGGGGCGAGUCGUUCUACAACCCGCUCAUCCCGCCGCUGGUCGCGGAGCUGAAGGCACGUGGCCUCUGCAAGGAGAGCGACGGUGCCAUCUGUUUCUUCGUGCCUCGGGUGGCCGACAUACCGCUCAUGGCCGUCAAGUCCGACGGGGGGUUCGGCUACGACUCCACCGAUCUGGCGGCCAUCUAUCACAGGCUUUUCGUCAUGCGCGCAGACUGGAUUGUCUACCUCACGGACCUGGGGCAGGAGUCCCACUUCCACAUGAUAUUCGACGCGGCCGAGCAGGCUGGCUGGCACAGGCCCGGGGUGACGCGCGUCGACCACAUGGGCUUCGGCGUGGUGCAGGGCGAGGACAAGAAGAAGUUCAAGACCAGGUCCGGCGAGACGGUCAAGCUCUCGGACCUCCUGGACGAGGCUGUAGAGCGAGCUCUCCAGGAGAUCACCGAGCGCGUGAAGGGUCAGGAGGAGUCGGGCGGCGAGGUCUUCCUCAAGACGCCGAAGGAGCAGCAGGACGCCGCCGAGAAGCUCGGCAUCGCUGCCGUGCGGUACUUCGAUAUGAAGCAGAACCGCACGUCGAACUACGUCUUCAGCUACGAGAGGAUGCUGGACCCGAAAGGGAACUCGGCCGUGUUCCUCUUCUACGCGUACGCGCGCAUAUGCUCUAUCCUCAGAAGGGCCCAGGGCCUGGGCGUUGACGUCGCCAAGCUGCCAGCCAGCGAGCUGAAGGUGGGCCACCCGUCCGAGCGGGAGUUGGCUCUGAAGUUGCUGCGGUUUCCCGACGUCAUGGAGGCGAUAUUGGGCGAUCUCCACUUGCACCAGCUCUCGGAUUACCUCUGGGAGCUGUGCAACCUCUACACCGCCUUCUAUAGGGACUGCCACGUCAUCGGCGAGGCGGAGCAGACAAGCCGCCUGCUCCUGUCGGUGGCGACGCAGAAGGUGCUGUUCAAGGCAUUCUUCCUCCUCGGCUUCACCCCGCUGGAGAAGAUCUGAGCGCCCAUAUGCCAGAUGUGUACAGCACUCUCUCUCUCUUUCUCUCUCUCUUUCUUUCUCGUGCCUCCCUCCUCUCCUCCG